ACCAUAUGACCCAAGUCAGGGGAGAGGCUUGUUGGUUGGGGGGGGAAGAGAUGAACUGGGUAUGGCAGCUGAACAUUCAGGGCUCCGACAGAGGAGCCAAGAGGGAUGAACAGUUGCUUCUACUUUCCAAAAUUAGGAAUUAUCCAGGAGUUCUUUGAAGACAUCGUCGUCAUGUUGCACAGCGGAGGAGGAUGAGCCAACAUCUGCAUCUUUUCAACUUCACAGGAGCUGGAGGAGUGACUCCCUUCAUGAUGAACUGUGCUGUGAUUCUUCUAUUAACAUCAAGCUGCUUCACCUGGUCCUCAGCUAUAUACACCCCCGACAGGGCAGCACCAAAGAAGCUGAAGUACCUCCUGGAGCCGCCUGUUUACCCCGAGGUGGUUGCCCGAAGGGGAGAAAAUGCCACUUUGCCGUGCAUCCUGAGAACCAAACCCAGCCAUUACAAAGUGAAAUGGACCAAGCUGGAGUCAGCACACGUAGGUCAGGAGAACAUUAUCAUGAUAUCAAAUGCGCACGCCUUCAAGCAAUACGGCCAUCUUGGGCCGCGGGCUUCUCUUCGGAAAGCUCACACCAUGGACGCCUCCCUGCAGCUCAGCCGCCUGGAGCUGGAAGACGGCGGCACGUACCGCUGCGAGCUUAUCAACGGCAUCGAGGAUGAGAGGGUUGCCAUUACUUUGAGGAUUGAAGGAGUGGUGUUUCCGUAUCAGAGUAAAAAUGGCCGCUACAAAUUCACUUUCCACGAGGCUAAGGAGGUUUGUGCCGGGCAAGACGGCACGUUAGCCUCAUACGACCAGCUGUUCAGAGCGUGGACGGAGGGUCUGGACUGGUGCAAUGCCGGUUGGCUCCGCGAUGGGACCGUUCAUUACCCCAUCAUUCAUCCACGACCCGCCUGUGGAGGGGAGCUCCUCCCCGGGAUUCGCAGUUAUGGGCCGAAGGAUAAGACCAACGAUCGGUUCGAUGCUUUCUGCUUCACCUCGCAGUCAUCUGGCUCUGUCUCCUACAUCCCGGGCUCUUUCUCCUUCGAGCAGGCGGGACACGCAUGCCGACGUCAGGGAGCCGAGUUGGCGUUGGUCGGCCAACUUUACUCCGCCUGGCGAUUCCUAAACUACGACCAGUGUGACGGCGGAUGGCUGGAGGACGGCAGCGUACGGUUUCCCAUCAACAACCCCAGGGAGCACUGUGGGGGCAUCCCGGAACCAGGGGUGCGCUCAUUUGGAUUCCCCAACAAGAUGACGCAUCUGUACGGCGCCUAUUGCUAUAGGUAGCCCCCAAAAAAAACAAAUACACUUGGUUGUGAGUCUAAGUAAGAAAACCAGAAGCCCAGAACUUUCUACACUACAUAUACAGCUUGAUCUGACAGCCAAUAAGCAAUAAAAUUGACACCUGAAGAUACAGACAAUGACUGAAGAAUUCUAAGUUUAUAUUUAAAAAUGAGAGUUAAUUCUGAAACAAAAGGCCCGAUUUACAUCUAACUUAGCGGAUGCAGAACAUUGCAAACAAACAUUUUUGGAGACCAAAUACAUGUUGGACAGCCAUGGAUGUGGCUCAUGUCUUCCAUUUCAGAUAAAGAUAGUAGAAAUACACUAAAAUAUAAAGACUUUUCUACCAGGAUGCUUGAUGCUUGUCAUUUUCUACAAGCUACUGGAUAAGAG